AUGUCCGUCGAAGGGGUUCCGGGGGUGAGGAGGAGGGUGGGGAGGGGGUCAGUGGAUGGGGCGAGAGGCAAGGAGGGUAAGGGGAAAGAGGGAUCUCGUAGAUUGAGUAUCGGGUCAUGGAACAUAGGCACGCUGACGGGUAAGUCUAUUGAGUUGGCAAAGAUUCUCCAGAAGAGAAAGGUUAAUAUAGCGUGUGUCCAGGAAACUAGGUGGGCAGGGUCGAAGGCGAGGAAUGCGGACGGGUAUAAGUUGUGGUACUCUGGAGUCAUGAGGGGUAAGAAUGGAGUGGGUAUCUUGGUGGAUAGGGACCUUAGAGAGUCUGUGGUUGAGGUUAGGCGAGUGAAUGAUAGUCUAAUGUUUAUUAAGUUGGUAGUUGGUGAGUUCACCCUCACUGUAGUUAGCGCUUACGCGCCGCAAGCGAGCUUGGAUAAGGAGGUUAAGAGGCGCUUUUGGGAGGGUUUGGAUGAGAUUGUGCCUAGUAUUCCUCCUACUGAAAGGUUAUUUAUUGGAGGGGAUUUUGAUGGCCAUAUUGGGUCGGCUGCUGGUAGUUAUGGUGAGGUACAUGGUGGCUUUGGCCUUGGGGUUAGGAACGGAGGAGGUAAUUCACUGUUAGACUUCGCUAAAGCUUUCGAGUUGGUGAUUGCGAACUCGACUUUUCCGAAGAGGGAGGAGCAUCUG